CUUCUCUUGGCCUAAAAAAGCGCCCCGCGGAAAGCGUUUAGGUAUCAGCGAAUUUGAUUGGAUAAGUAAACCCGAAUUUCGGCGGUGGGCGGGCCAGGCGAUUCACGUGACUUGUUUUUUUCCAAAAUGUGUAAUUCACUCAUCAGAUACACGCACUGAAUACCUCGAGGUAAGAUAGGACUCAUAUUUUGUGUUUUGGGUGUGAGUUUUUCAUCAAUUUGGAUUAAGAUAUAUCGGAUUAACUCGUAGGAUUUUAUACAGACCAUUAUACCGUUGUUAUUUGUGCAUUUUAGAGACUUUGGAUUUACUUUGUGACUGCAUUUUAAACCAUUCUGAUUCUGUCUGGAUUAAUACGGUUAUUGUUUCACAAGUUGUUUAUCGGGUGGACGAACGGAAAUUGAAAAAAACUGUGAUCGGUUUAAAAUAAAAGGAUUUUAUCGCUUAAAAGAAACAUCAACCUCAUCAAGACAUAUCUGAUGUUUUUAAGACUUUGACUGGAAUAUUCUGAAGCUCGUCCAUGAGUAAGACGUGGGUGACGCCCUCGAAAUCAGAGUUCUAACGUGGGUGACCUCAUCAUGACCAUGGAGGCGGACACUCGGCUUGGCCUUUUGACCCAGUUACUUCUCUUUGCGUUGUCGUGGCAACUGACUCUUGGCUCGGAUGGUUCUGCUCCCGAAUGGUCCUCGAUAUUGUUGCGUGAUCGACAGGUAUAUGUCAACGACUCCACCAAACUCCUGUGCAGGUAUAAGGGAGCCCCCAAACCCUUCAUCGAGUGGUAUGCAAAUGGAGAACGUCUAGGACCGUCCAAAAGGUUCAAAAUAGCCAAAUAUUCCCUGAAUCUUAAAGAUAUUAAACCCAAAGAUGCGGGUAGUUAUGCCUGCAGAGUUUGGAACGAGUUUGGGAUCCUUUGGGGAAACUUUACUCUCAAAGUUUUAAACAAUACUGAAAGUCCAACGCCUCCUGACUAUUACAUUGAAGUCCCUGAAGAUAUCUUUGAAGUUCUGAAAAGUAAACCAGCAUUUUCAAGAAAGAAGGAUUAUUCCGACUAUGUAAGCGGAUCUGCAACAAAAUCCGUGACGCUGGACUGCGACGCAAUAGGGUAUCCUGAGGCGAACAUCACAUGGUACCGAACAACAAAACUGAGUAACGGAAUUCCGGAACCAAAUGUGCCAUAUAAACCCAAUAUGCGCCAAACUGGGCUCCAGCCAAUCAAUUACAGCAAUUCCAAGUACAAAAAGGAAGGCUGGAAGUUAACAAUUGAAGACCUUGCGCUGGAAGACAAGGGGAACUACACUUGCAUUGUAGCUAACGAACUUGGCUCAAUCAACUGGAACUUUACUGUGGAGGUCCUUCAGCGUCUUCCAAUCGCCCCGAUUGUGGCUGCGUUGGAGAACCAGACUGCUGUGGUCGGUGAGGACGUCAUGUGGACGUGUCAAAUCGUGCUGAGCGACUCGCAACCAAUGUUGCAAUGGUUACAACAUUACCAAGUCAACAACUCGUGGACGAAUGAAAAAGGCCAGCCACAUGUCAAGUUGUUGCAGACUGUAGAUGACCCACAACUCCUUGAGCUAAAAAAUGUCUCUGUGAAUGACGCGGGCUGGUACACAUGUCUUGCAGCUAACUCCGUCGGAAUGACCUACCGCAGUGCUUACCUCACUGUUCUUACUGCGUAAUGGCUUCUUCCCAGAAAUCGUGAUUGCUUUGAAAGGGCUCAAGGAAAAUUGCUUACCAAAGUUUAUUAACCAGAACAUGAAGUUUAGCUGUUGAAAGCUUAUAUUUCAUUUCUGAUAAAAUAAAACAAUCACCACAUGUUAUUAUAAUAAUAGAACAUUUAUCAGUGAUCUAUGCUACAUUAUCUGUAAUCUCAAAUUGUUCAAAAAGAUAAAAAUCAUUUGUGAAUACAGUCAGCAAGUGGUUAGCUAGGACAUAUAUUUGCUUGUUUCCUGGAACAUCUGUAGAAGUGCUAGGUUUAUUUAGUAUCAGAGAGUUGACUGCUAGCAUAAUCAGAGCUAAUAUCCAGUCUGACACCUAAA